AUGAAGAUAGUUGUGAUUACAGAGAAGCCAUUUUCAGAGAAUGCAGUUAAAGGGAUUAGAGAGAUAAUUGAGAAAGCAGGACAUGAAAUGAUAAUGAUAGAAAGGUAUAAGAAGAAAGAGGAAGUUAUUGAGAGGAUUAAAGAAGCGGAUGGUGUAAUUAUUCGAUCAGAUAAAAUAGAUGAAGAGAUAAUUAAAGCAGGAGAGAAAAUAAAGAUUAUUGUUCGAGCAGGAUCAGGGUAUGAUAAUAUAGAUAUAGAAGCAUGUAAUAAAGCAAGAAUAGUUGUGAUGAAUACUCCAGGACAAAAUAGUAAUGGAGUUGCAGAACUUUGUAUUGGGAUGAUGAUUUUUGGAUUUAGAAAAGGAUUUAAAGAAGGGAAAGGAAGAGAAUUAAAGGAUAAAAGGCUUGGAAUUUGUGGAUGUGGAUAUGUUGGGAAACGAGUUAAAGAAAUAGCAGAAGGAAUUGGGAUGAAAAUUAAAAUAUAUGAUCCAUUCAUCACUACUGAAAAUCAAGUAAAAGAAAUAGAGGAACUAUUUGAAGAAUGUCAAAUUAUUUCACUUCAUCUUCCAUUAACAAAAGAAACUAAAGGAAGAAUUGGAUAUGAAUUAAUUAAAAGAAUUCCAUAUGGAGGAAUGAUAUGUAAUACAGCAAGAAAAGAAAUUAUUGAUGAAGAAGGAUUUAUUAAAAUAAUGAGAGAAAGAAAAGACUUAAUUUAUGUUACUGAUGUUGCACCUACUUCAAAAGUAUUUAAGAAGAAUUAA